AUGGCAAAAGCAAAGCCAAAUCGCAAGGCUAAGGAGGGUAAACUCUCAGCUUCCGCCAUUAAAAACAAAAAUAAAAGAGAACGGCGUAAACUACGCGGGUUAGAGCCGCCGCCUUCAGCCAAAUUACAACGUAAAGCCGAAGAAAGGCAAAAACAUCGCAAAGAAAAGAGAAUAGAACGCAGGAAACGCAAAGAAGACGAAGCAAUGGGUCUAGAAGUGGAGAGAAGGGUCCCAGAAACUAUAGAAUCCAUGAGACGUUUUGACGAAACAAUCGUCAACGAUGGAGACCCAGAAAUCGACGCUGAGGAAGCGAUUGACGAGUUCUCCGGUCAUUUUAACGGAGAUUCUACUCCAAAGUUGAUGAUAACGUCGUCCAGGCGUCCCUCGGAGAAGAUGAGGACAUUUAUGAAGGAACUGUUGCUUAUACUCCCAAACUCAAUCUACUACGCUAGAGACGAACACAAGCUAAAGGCACUGGUAAAAGCUGGCACUGAAGGAGGAUUCUCUGCCAUACUACUAGUCAACCAAGGUCCGGACAAAAUGCCAUCUGGGCUCUAUCUAUGCUCACUACCAAGUGGGCCUACAACGUUUUUUAAGCUUACAAGCAUCACAUUUGCAUCGGAAAUGAAAGGCGGCGGAGUUUUGACUCCCACAACUCCAGAACUUGUUCUCAACUCGUUCAAUACCAGACUAGGAAGACGCAUAGGAAGACAACUAGGAGCCCUAUUCCCACUCACACCCGAAUUCGAGGGAAGACGCGUAAUCACCUUUCACAAUCAAAGAGACAUGAUCUUUUUUCGCCACCAUAGAUACGUCUUUCGAAACGAGAAAAAAUGCUCCCUCAAGGAAAUCGGACCGAGAUUCACACUAAAGGUCCACUCCGUACAGGUACCUAGCACAUGCCAAACAUUAAAUACGAUUUAG